AUGAGGCACUCCAGAGAAGUCUUUAUGGCUGGACAACCACCUCAGAUCCCUAUGCCUAACCCACCAGAUAUCCAAGAUGGAGAUGAAGCCUUGUCCGACAUCUCCCCAGACACUGUGCCACCCAACGGAGAGACGAAUGAGCAGAAGACAGCUAGGGAAAAGAAGAACAACGCUCAACAGGCUUGGUGCAACCGUGCCCAACACCCCAAAGAAGAGUGGCAGUGGUACCAGUCGGCUUGUCGAGACGUUGAACGACGACGCUUGGCUGUAGAGGCAGCAUAUGAACGUCUAUGGGAUGAAGAAGCAGAACGACAGUGCCAAGACCAUGAUGCCGCUAGAGCCUCUGCAUCACGCAACCUUGAACCUGAGUUCAUGGAAGUAGCUGGCCACAUGGUCUUUACUAUGCCCUACGCCAACGUCUAUCCCCUGGUAGAAGAGAUGGCGGCCAUAGAAAACCCUACUCCAAAUCAGCAAUGA